AUGAAACCCGACUCUUGCAAGGCAAUCACAUUGAGAUUGGGCACAUCCUAUGAGGGUCCCAAGGAGGGGGAUAGCAAGGAAAAGAAGGAAGGAGAAGAGAGUGUGAGUGAAAAAGAGGAAGUUAGAGAGGAGAAGGAUGGUGAGAAAGAGAAAAGUGCGGAGAAAAAGAAGUCUAAGGAAGUGGUAACACCUUCAACUUCUAGUGAGGCUAGAAACCUUGAUGGACCGAUUCCUUUUCCCGGUCGACUUGCGGAGAGAAAAUUGAAUGACGAAUUUGCAAAGUUCCUAAGUGUGAUGAAGAACUUGCACAUAAACCUCCCUUUCAUUGAAGUUGUCACACAAAUCCCUUCAUACUCCAAGUUCUUGAAAGAUAUUCUCAACAACAAGAGGAAGCUUAAUGAUGAUCUUAUCACUCUCCCCCAUCAAGUGAGUGCACUCGUUCAACAUAAGAUGCCCAAGAAGCAAAAAGAUCCAGGAAGUUUCACUUUUCCGGUGAAGAUUGGGAACAUGGAAGCUAGGGGCGCCCUAGCCGAUCUUGGAGAAAGUGUUAGUUUAAUCCCUCUAUCCAUUGCUCAAAAGCUUAAUAUUGAGAUGAUCCCCACAAGAAAAACCAUUUAA